AUGGAUCCGCAGCAUAAAGCUGAAUGGAUGGAGCUCAUGACCCCAAAGAGCGUCGGCUUGAUCUUGAGAAGCAUUAAGACGGACUACAAGUUUCCUAUGAAAUGGCCUGAUAGGAUUACCGUACUUCACAAGCUUCGGGACAACCCGUCUGAAAACAGUGACCACUUCAUCUUGGACGUAAUGAUCCUUUCAGAAGCACAGCGUCGUCCAGCAGCACGUUGUGUCGAAGACAUCGUUACAUACGACUACCGCACAGCUAAGAAGUCGCCUUUGCCACCUUUCAUGAUCAAGAAGUUACAAGAGACAUUCAAGUUACAGGAAGAAGCCAAAGAGAAGAACAGCAACAGAGUCAGAGUCCUGUUGGACAGAGUUAGGGAGCUAGAGAAGAGCAGCUGGGAUAGACCGGAUGCUAAGGAAGACUUUGGUAGCGCGAAUCAGUAG